GGAGGCAUGUACGAAGUUGAUCAAAUGUCGGCCAUGGCUGCUAAGGUCGAUAGCAUGAUGAGCAUGAUCCAAAAGAUUGCUCAAGUCUCUGCUGUGCAAAACACUACGCCAGCACCGCCUCCUGUUCCUGUUCUCAUGUGUGUAUCCUGUGGUGGACAACAUGAUCAAUCUUCAUGUCCAUGGGAUGCAAUGGAGCAAGCUGAUAAUGUCAAUUACUACCGGCCGCAGCAACAACAAAAUCCAUUUGGUGGAUUUAAUUCUCAAAACAGAAAUCAUCCUGGUUUCUCUUGGAGUAAUCCUAGUGGAGCUGCCAAUCCACAAGCUUAUCGGAGUUCACCACCCGGCUUUCAAAAUCAACAGCAACAACAAUUUAGAGCUCCCGGCUUGGAUAACAUUGUUGAUCAGCUACUCAAAUCUCAACUAGCCCAAGCCGAAACCUUGAAGAAGAUUUCUGAAGAGCUUACUCAACUUCGAGCUCACAAUAGGAUGCUUGAAAAUCAAAUCUCUAGUCAAACAUCAACAUCCUCAACAAAGGUGACCGGAAAGUUGCCAGCUUGUCCCGAAAAUCCAAGAGAGCAAAUGAAUUCUAUCACUACUCGGAGUGGGAAACAACUUCAAUCUCCAUCUCUUCCGAGUAGUGAGCCCGAUGAAGAGAUAAGUGAGGAUGCAAAAGAAGAACCUCAAAACAAAGUCAAAGGAGAUGCUACUGAAAUGCUUCCAGAGUCAAUUCAGAUCAAAGAAGGAAAGAAGAAAGAAGAUGAAGGUUUGGUAAGGAAAUAUGCUCCACCAAUUCCUUUUCCAAACCGACUCAAGAAAUCACAUAUUGAGGAACGAAGAACCAAGUUCUUGAACCGUAUCAAGCAAUUGGAUAUCUCUAUUCCUUUGCUUGAUGCUAUCACUGAAAUUCCUUCAUAUGCCA